UCCUCCUGGGUGACACAGGUGCUCCUCCAGCCCCAGCCAUGUCCUGCUACGACCUGUGCCGGCCCUGCGGCCCCACCCCGCUGGCCAACAGCUGCAACGAGCCCUGUGUCCGGCAGUGCCAGGACUCCCGCGUGGUCAUCCAGCCAUCACCCGUGGUGGUCACCCUGCCCGGGCCCAUCCUCAGCUCCUUCCCGCAGAACACCGCCGUGGGAUCCUCCACCUCCGCCGCCGUGGGCAGCAUCCUGAGCGAGGAGGGAGUGCCCAUCAACUCGGGGGGCUUUGGGCUCUCGGGGCUCUCGGGGCUCUCUGGCCUUGGUGGCCGCUACUGCGGCCGCAGGUGCCUGCCCUGCUAG